CCCCCUGUUGACCCCUGUCAAAGCUACAAUACGCUGGAUAAUUCAUGGAGAGCCACCAACAAUCAACUUUUAUCUGAAAUAAUGUGUGACUGUGAGGUCAGCUGGAACGGCUGGUACCGUCUCUUCAUUCAGGGUCAAAGCGUUCAGAUGCCAGACACAUGUGUUGAUCAGGACAGCUGUGGCACUCAUGCUCCUCUGUGGCUGAGCGGAGGACAUCCAACAGUUGAGGAUGGAAUGGUCACUCGAGAUGUCUGCGGUCACUGGAGCAAUAACUGCUGCUAUUUCCAAUCCAAUCCCAUUAAAGUCAAAGCCUGCCCUGGCAAUUAUUAUGUUUAUGAGUUUGUGAAACCAGAUUUCUGCUCUUUGGCAUACUGUGCAGAUGUAAGGAACACUACCUAUACUACUGUCACUCCGGAGACAAUGUUAACCACAGAAACCUCAACCAUGGACAUUACUGAGACCACAACAAUAGAAAGCACCACGCCUGAGACCACAACUCUGGGUACUACAAAAACAGAAAGUACGACCACCAGUACAACAACUCCAGAAAGUACAACAGCCGAACCCACAACAGCAGAAAAUACCACAACUGUGGUUACCAAAACACCAGAGAGUACCACAAGUAAGACCACAACAGUAGAAAGUACCGCACCAGAGACAAAAACUGUGGGAACUACGAAAACAGAAAGUAUGACCACAGGCACAACAACUCCUGAAAGUACCACAACUGAGACCACAACAGUAGAAAGAUUCCCACUUGAGACCACAAAUUUGACAACAACAACAACAACAACAACAACAGAGAGUACUACAACAAUAGAAAGUAUGACUAGAGGCACAUCAACUCCAGAAAGCACCAUAACUGUGGGUACCACAACACCAGAAAGUACCACAAGAGAGUUCACAACAGUAGAUACUACAACAACAGAAAUUACAACCACAGCCACAACAACUCCUGAAAGAACCACAACUGAGACCACAACAGCAGAAAGCACCACACCUGAAACCACAGCUGUGAGUACUACUACAACAGAAAGCACCACAGCAACAGAAAGUACAACAGCAGAAAGUACCACAACUGAGACCACAACUGUGGUGGCUACUACAACAACAGAAAACACUAUAACAGAAAGUACAACUACAGGCACAACAACUCCAGAAAGUACCACAACUGAGAGCAGAACAGCAGAGAGCACCACAACAGCGGAAAGCACCCCAGGCGAGAUCACAACAGCAAAAAGCACCACAAGUGAGACCAUAACACUGGGCACCACAACAACAGAAAGUACAACCACAGCCACAACAACUCCUGAAAGUGCCAGAAUCGAGACCACACAAGUAGAAAACACCAAAACUGAGACCACAACUGUGGUGGCUACUAAAACAACAGAAAGCACUAUAACAGAAAGUAUGACUACAGGCACAAAAACUCCAGAAAGUACCACAACUGAGACCACAACAGCAGAGAGCAACACAACUCUGGAUACCAGAGCUACAGCGACAGCCACAGCGGAAAGUACCACAAGCGAGAUCACAACAACACAAAGCACCACCCCUGAAACCACAACUGUAGGUACUACCACAACAGAAAGUGCAACCACAGCCACAACAACUCCGGAAAGUACAACAACCGAGACCACAACAGCAGAGAGCACCACAAGUGCGGGUACCACAACAGCGGAAAGUAUGACAACUGUGGGUACCACAACAGCGGAAAGUACCACAACUGUGGAAAGUACCACAACUGUGGGUAUCACAACAACUGUGGGUACCACAACAGCAGAAAGUACCACAAGCGAGAUCGCAAUAACAAAAAUCCCCACCCCUGAGACCACAACUGUAGGUACUUCUACAACAGAAAGUUCAACCACAGCCACAACAACUCCAGAAAGUAUAACAACUGAGAGUACUACAACAGCAGAGAGCACCACAACUGUGGGUACUACAACAGUGGAAAGCACCACAACUAUGGGUACCACAACAGCGGAAAGUACUACAACUGUGGGAACCACAACAGCGGAAAGUACCACAAGCAAAAUCACAACAGCAGAAAGCACCACUCCUGAGACCACAACUGUAGGUACUACUACAACAGAAAGUACAAGUACAGCCACAACAACUCCAGAAAGUACAACAACCAAAACCACAACAGCGAAAAGUACCACAAGCGAGAUCACAACAGCAGAUAGAACAACCACAGCCACUACAACUCCAGAAAGUACAACAACCGAGAGCACCACAACUGUGGUUACCACAACAGUGGAAAGUACCACAAAUGAGAUCACAAAAAUAGAAAGCACCACCCCUGAGACCACAACUGUAGGUACUACUACAACAGAAAGUACAACCACAGCCACAACAACUCCUGAAAGUACCACUAGUGAGACAACAACAGCAGAAAGUACAACAACUGUGGGUACCACAACAGCGGAAAGUCCCACAAGCGAGAUCAAAACAGCAGAGAGCACCACAUUUGUGGGUACCACAACAGCGGAAAGUACCACAAGCGAGAUCACAACAGCAGAAAGCACCACAACUGUGGGUGCCACAACAGUGGAAAGUACCACAAGCGAGAUCACAACAACAGAAAUCACCACCCCUGAGACCACAGCUGUAGAUACUACUACAACAGAAAGUACAACCACAGCCACAACAACUCCAGAAAGUACAACAACUGAGACCACAACAGCAGAGAGCACCACAACUGUGGGUACCACAACAGCAGAAAGUACCACAAGCGAGAUCACAACAGCAGAAAGCACCACAACUGUUGGUACCACAACAGCGGAAAGUACUACAAUGGAGAUCACAACAACAGAAAUCAAAACCCCUGAAUCCACAACUGUAGGUACUACUACAAUAGAAAGUACAACCGCAGCCACAACAACUCCAGAAACUACAUCUACAGAGACCACAACAGCAGAGAGCACCACAACUGUGGGUACCACAAAAGUGGAAAGUACCACAGGCGAGAUCACAACAGCAGAAAGCACCACAACUUUGGGUACCACAACAGCGGAAAGUACCACAAGCGAGAUCACAACAGAAAUCACCACCCCUGAAACCACAACUGUAGGUACUACUACAACAGAAAGUACAACCGCAGCCACAACAACUCCAGAUAGUACAACAACCGAGACCACAACAGCAGAGAGCACCACAACUUUGGGUACCACAACAGCGGAAAGUACCACAAGCGAGAUCACGACAACAGAAAGCACCACAACUCUGGGUACCACAACAGCGGAAAGUACCACAAGCGAGAUCACGACAACAGAAAGCACAACCCCUGAGACCACAACUGUAGGUACUACUACAACAGAAAGUACAACCACAGCCACAACAACUCCAGAAAGUACAACAACUGAGCCAACAACAGCAGAGAGCACCACAACUGUGGGUACCACAACAGCAGAAAGUACCACACCUGAGACCACAACUGAUGGUACUACAACAACAGAAAGCACCACAGCAACAGAAAGUACCACAAGUGAGACUACAACAGCAGAAAGUACAACCACAGCCACAACAACUCCCAAAAGUACAACAACCGAGAGCACCACAACUGUGGGUACCACAACAGCGGAAAGUACCACAAUCGAGAUCACAACAACAGAAAGCACCACCCCUGAAACCACAACAGUAGGUACUUCUACAACAGAAAGUACAACCAUAGCCACAACAACUCCAGAAAGUACAACAACCGAGACCACAACAGCAGAAAGCACUACAACUGUGGGUAGCACAACAGUGGAAAGUACCACAAGCGAGAUCACAACAGCAGAAAGCACCACAAUUGUGGGUACCACAACAGCGGAAAGUACCACAAUUGUGGGUACCACAACAGCGGAAAGUACCACAAGCGAGAUCACAACAACCGAAAUAACCUCCCCUGAAACCACAACUGUAGGUACUACUACAACAGAAAGUACAACCGCAGCCACAACAACUCCAGAAAGUACAACAACAGAGACCACAACAGCAGAGAUCAACACAACUGUGGGUACCACAACAGCGGAAAGUACCACAAGCGAGAUCACAACAGCAGAAAGCACCACGACUGUGGGUAACACAAUAGCGGAAAGUACCAAAAGCGAGAUCACAACAACAGAAAUCACCACCCCUGAAACCACAACUGUCGGUACUGCUACAACAGAAAGUACAACCGCAGCCAGAACAACUCCAGAAAGUAGAACAACAGAGACUACAACUGCAGAAAGCACCACAACUGUGGGAACCACAACAGCGGAAAGAACCACAAGCGAGAUCACCACAGCAGAGAGCACCACAGCUCUGGGUACCACAACAGCGGAAAUUACCACAAGCGAGAUCACAACAACAGAAAGCACUACCCCUUUUACCACAACUGUAGGUAUUACUACAACAGAAAGUACAACCACAGUCACAACAACUCCAGAAAGUACAACAACAGAGACCACGACAGCAGAAAGCACCACAACUGUGGGAACCACAACAGCGGAAAGUACCACAAGCGAGAUCACAACAGCAGAAAGCACCACAACUGUGGGUACCACAACAGUGGAAAGUACCACAAGCGAGAUUACGACAACAGAAAGCACCACAACUCUGGGUACCACAACAGCGGAAAGCACCACAAGCGAGAUCACGACUACAGGAAGCACGACCCCUGAGACCACAACUGUAGGUAUUACUACAACAGAAAGUACAACCACAGCCACAACAACUCCAGAAAGUACAACAACUGAGCCAACAACAGCAGAGAGCACCACAACUGUGGGUACCACAACAGCAGAAAGUACCACACCUGAGACCACAACUGAUGGUACUACAACAACAGAAAGCACCACAGCAACAGAAAGUACCACAAGUGAGACUACAACAGCAGAAAGUACAACCACAGCCAAAACAACUCCCAAAAGUACAACAACUGAGAGCACCACAACUGUGGGUACCACAACAGCGGAAAGUACUACAAGCGAGAUCACAACAACUGAAAGCACCACCCCUGAAACCACAACUGUAGGUACUUCUACAACAGAAAGUACAACCACAGCCACAACAACUCCAGAAAGUACAACAACCGAGACCACAACAGCAGAAAGCACCACAACUGUGGGUACCACAAAAGUGGAAAGUACCACAAGCGAGAUCACAAAAGCAAAAAGCACCACAACUUUGGGUACCACAGCAGCGGAAAGUACCACAAGCAAGAUCACAACAGAAAUCACCACCCCUGAAAACACAACUAUAGGUACUACUACAACAGAAAGUACAACCGCAGCCACAAAAACUCCAGAAAGUACAACAACAGAGACCACAACAGCAGAGAGCACCACAACUUUGGGUACCACAACAGCGGAAAGUACCACAAGCGAGAUUACGACAACAGAAAGCACCACAACUCUGGGUACCACAACAGCGGAAAGUACCACAAGCGAGAUCACGACAACAGAAAGCACGACCCCUGAGACCACAACUGUAGGUACUACUACAACAGAAAGUACAACCCCAGCCACAACAACUCCAGAAAGUACAACAACUGAGCCAACAACAGCAGAGAGCACCACAACUGUGGGUACCACAACAGCAGAAAGUACCACACCUGAGACCACAACUGAUGGUUCUACAACAACAGAAAGCACCACAGCAACAGACAGUACCACAAGUGAGACUACAACAGAAGAAAGUACAACCACAGCCACAACAACUCCCAAAAGUACAACAACCGAGAGCACCACAACUGUGGGUACCACAACAGCGGAAAGUACCACAAUCGAGAUCACAACAACAGAAAGCACCACCCCUGAAACCACAACAGUAGGUACUUCUACAACAGAAAGUACAACCAUAGCCACAACCACUCCAGAAAGUACAACAACCGAGACCACAACAGCAGAAAGCACCACAACUGUGGGUAGCACAACAGUGGAAAGUACCACAAGCGAGAUCACAACAGCAGAAAGCACCACAAUUGUGGGUACCACAACAGCGGAAAGUACCACAAGCGAGAUCACAACAACCGAAAUAACCUCCCCUGAAACCACAACUGUAGGUACUACUACAACAGAAAGUACAACCGCAGCCACAACAACUCCAGAAAGUACAACAACAGAGACCACAACAGCAGAGAGCACCACAUCUGUGGGUACCACAACAGCAGAAAGUACCACAAGUGAGAUCACAACAGCAGAAAUCACCACAACUGUGGGUACCACAACAGCGGAAAGUACCACAAUCGAGAUCACAACAACAGAAAGCACCACCCCUGAGACCACAACAGUAGGUACUUCUACAACAGAAAGUAGAACCACAGCCACAACAACUCCAGAAAGUACAACAACCGAGACCACAACAGCAGGAAGCACCACAACUGUGGGUACCACAACAGUGGAAAGUACCACAAGCAAGAUCACAACAGCAGAAAGCACCACAACUUUGGGUACCACAACAGCAGAAAGUACCACAAGCGAGAUCACAACAACAGAAAUCACCAGCCCUGAAACCACAACUGUAGGUACUACUACAACAGAAAGUACAACCGCAGCCACAACAACUCCAGAAAGUACAACAACAGAGACCACAACAGCAGAAAGCACCACAACUGUGGGUACCACAACAGCGGAAAGUACAACAAGCGAAAUCAAAACAGCAGAAAGCACCACAACUGUGGGUACCACAACAGCGGAAAGUACCACAAGCGAGAUUACGACAACAGAAAGUACCACAACUCUGGGUACCACAACAGCGGAAAGUACCACAAGCGAGAUCACGACAACAGAAAGCACGAUCCCUGAGACCACAACUGUAGGUACUACUACAACAGAAAGUACAACCACAGCCACAACAACUUCAGAAAGUACAACAACUGAGCCAACAACAGCAGAGAGCACGACAACUGUGGGUACCACAACAGCAGAAAGUACCACAACUGAGACCACAACUGAUGGUACUACAACAACAGAAAGCACCACAGCAACAGAAAGUACCACAAGUGAGAGUACAACAGCAGAAAGUACCACAAGCGAGAUCACAACAACAGAAAUAACCACCCCUGAAACCACAACUGUAGGUAAUACUACAACAGAAAGUACAACUGCAGGCACAACAACUCCAGAAAGUACAACCGAGACCACAACAGCAGAAAGCACCACAACUGUGGGUACCACAACAGCGGAAAGUACCACAAGCGAGAUCACAACAGCAGAAAGUACCACAACUGUGGGUUCCACAUCAGCGGAAAGUACCACAAGCGAGAUCACAACAACAGAAAGCACCACCCCUAAAACCACAACUGUAGGUACUUCUACAACAGAAAGUACAACCGCAGCCACAACAACUCCAGAAAGUACAACAACCGAGACCACAACAGCAGAAAGCACCACAACUGUGGAUAGCACAACAGUGGAAAGUACCACAAGCGAGAUCACAACAGCAGAAAGCACAACAACUGUGGGUACCACAACAGCGGAAAGUACCACAAGCGAGAUCACAACAACAGAAAUCACCACCCCUAAAACCACAACUGUAGGUACUACUACAACAGAAAGUACAACCGCAGCCACAACAACUCCAGAAAGUACAACAACUGAGACCACAUCAGCAGAGAGCACCACAACCGUGGGUACCACAACAGCAGAACAUACCACACCUGAGACCACAACUGAUGGUACUACAACAACAGAAAGCACCACAGCAACAGAAAGUACCACUAGUGAGACUACAAAAGCAGAAAGUACAACCACAGCCACAACAACUCCCGAAAGUACAACAACCGAGAGCACCACAACUGUGGGUACCACAACAGCGGAAAGUACCACAAGCGAGAUCACAACAGCAGAAAGCACCACGACUGUGGGUACCACAACAGCAGAAAGUACUACAAGCGAGAUCACAACAACUGAAAGCACCACCCCUGAAACCACAACAGUAGGUACUUCUACAACAGAAAGUACAACCACAGCCACAACAACUCCAGAAAGUACAACAACCGAAACCACAACAGCAGAAAGCACCACAACUGUGGGUACCACAACAGUGGAAAGUACCACUAGAGAGAUCACAACAGCAGAAAGCACCACAACUUUGGGUACCACAACAGCGGAAAGUACCACAAGCGAGAUCACAACAACAGAAAUCACCACCCCUGAAACCACAACUGUAGGUACUUCUAGAACAGAAAGUACAACCGCAGCCACAACAACUCCAGAAAGUACAACAACUGAGACCACAACUGAUGGUACUACAACAACAGAAAGCACCACAGCAACAGAAAGUACCACAAGUGAGACUACAACAGCAGAAAGUACAACCAGAGCCACAACAACUCCCGAAAGUACAACAACCGAGAGCACCACAACUGUGGGUACCACAACAGCAGAAAGUACCACAAUCGAGAUCACAACAACAGAAAGCACCACCCCUGAAACCACAACAGUAGGUACUUCUACAACAGAAAGUACAACCACAGCUACAACAGCUCCAGAAAGUACAACAACCGAGACCACAACAGCAGAAAGCACCACAACUGUGGGUACCACAACAGCGGAAAGUACCACAAGUGAGAUCACAACAGCAGAAAGUACCACAACUGUGGGUUCCACAACAGCGGAAAGUACCACAAGCGAGAUCACAACAACAGAAAGCACCACCCCUGAGACCACAACUGUAGGUACUACUACAACAGAAAGUACAACCACACCCACAACAACUCCAGAAAGUACAACAACUGAGACCACAACAGCAGAAAGCACCACAACUCUGGGCACCACAACAGCAGAACCUACCACACCUGAGACCACAACUGACGGUACUACAAACACACAAAGCACCACAGCAACAGAAAGUACCACAAGUGAGACUACAACAGCAGAAAGUACAACCACAGCCACAACUCCCGAAAGUGCAACAACCGAGAGCACCACAACUGUGGGUACCACAACAGCAGAAAGUACCACAAGCGAGAUCACAACAGCAGAAAGCACCACGACUGUGGGUACCACAACAGUGGAAAGUACCACAAGCGAGAUCACAACAGCAGAAAGCACCACAACCUUGGGUACCACAACAGCGGAAAGUACCACAAGCGAGAUCACGACAACAGAAAGCACGACCCCUGAGACCACAACUGUAGGUACUACUACAACAGAAAGUACAACCACAGCCACAACAACUCCAGAAAGUCCAACAACUGAGACCACAACAGCAGAGAGCACCACAACUGUGGGUACCACAACAGCAGAAAGUACCACACCUGAGACCACAAUUGAUGGUACUACAACAACAGAAAGCACCAAAGCAACAGAAAGUACCACAAGUGAGACUACAACAGCAGAAAGUACAACCACAGCCACAACAACUCCCGAAAGUACAACAACCGAGAGCACCACAACUGUGGGUACCACAACAGCAGAAAGUACCACAAUCGAGAUCACAACAACAGAAAGCACCAUCCCUGAAACCACAACAGUAGGUACUUCUACAACAGAAAGUACAACCACAGCUACAACAACUCCAGAAAGUACAACAACCGAGAGCACCACAACUGUGGGUACCACAACAGCAGAAACUACCACAAGCGAGAUCACAACAGCAGAAAGCACCACGUCUGUGGGUACCACAACAGCAGAAAGUACUACAAGCGAAAUCACAACAACUGAAAGCACUACCCCUGAAACCACAACAGUAGGUACUUCUACAACAGAAAGUACAACCACAGCCACAACAACUCCAGAAAGUACAACAACCGAGACCACAACAGCAGAAAGCACCACAACUGUGGGUACCACAACAGUGGAAAGUACCACAAGCGAGAUCACAACAGUAGAAAGCACCACAACCUUGGGUACCACAACAGCGGAAAGUACCACAAGCGAGAUCACAACAACAGAAAUCACCACCCCUGAAACCACAACUGUAGGUACUACUACAACAGAAAGUACAACCACAGCCACAACAACUCCAGAAAGUACAACAACCGAGACCACAACAGCAGAAAGCAGCACAACUGUGGGUAGCACAACAGUGGAAAGUACUACAAGCGAGAUCACAACAGCAGAAAGCACAACAACUGUGGGUACCACAACAGCGGAAAGUACCACAAGCGAGAUCACAACAACAGAAAGCACCACCCCUGAAACCACAACUGUAGGUACUUCUACAACUGAAAGUACAACCACAGCCACAACAACUCCAGAAAGUACAACAACAGAGACCACAACAGUAGAGAGCACCACAACUGUGGGUACCACAACAGCGGAAAGUACCACAAGCGAGAUCACAACAGCAGAAAGCACCACAACUGUGGGUACCACAACAGCGGAAAGUACCACAAGCGAGAUCACAACAACAGAAAUCACCACCCCUGAAACCACAACUGUAGGUACUACUACAACAGAAAGUACAACUGCAGCCACAACAACUCCAGAAAGUACAACAACAGAGACCACAACAGCAGAGAGCACCACAUCUGUGGGUACCACAACAGCGGAAAGUACCACAAGCGAGAUCACGACAGCAGAAAGCACCACAACUGUUGGUACCACGACAGCGGAAAGUACCACAAUCGAGAUCACAACAACAGAAAGCACCACCCCUGAAACCACAACAGUAGGUACUUCUACAACAGAAAGUACAACCACAGCCACAACAACUCCAGAAAGUACAACAACCGAGACCACAACAGCAGAAAGCACCACAACUGUGGGUAGCACAACAGUGGAAAGUACUACAAGCGAGAUCACAACAGCAGAAAGCACAACAACUGUGGGUACCACAACAGCGGAAAGUACCACAAGCGAGAUCACAACAACAGAAAGCACCACCCCUGAAACCACAACUGUAGGUACUUCUACAACGGAAAGUACAACCACAGCCACAACAACUCCAGAAAGUACAACAACAGAGACCACAACAGCAGAGAGCACCACAACUGUGGGUACCACAACAGCGGAAAGUACCACAAGCAAGAUCAGAACAGCAGAAAGCACCACAACUGUGGGUACCACAACAGCGGAAAGUACCACAAGCGAGAUUACGACAACAGAAAGCACCACAACUCUGGGUACCACAACAGCGGAAAGUACCACAAGCGAGAUCACGACAACAGAAAGCACGACCCCUGAGACCACAACUGUAGGUACUACUACAACAGAAAGUACAACCACAGCCACAACAACUCCAGAAAGUACAACCACUGAGACCACAACAGCAGAGAGCACCACAACUGUGGGUACCACAACAGAGGAAAGUACCACAAGCGAGAUCACAACAUUAGAAAGAACCACAACUGUGGGUACCACAACAGUGGAAAGUACCACAAGCGAGAUCACAACAACAGAAAGCACCACCCCUGAGACCACAACUGUAGAUGCUACUACAACAGAAAGUACAACCACAGCCACAACAACUCCAGAAAGCUCAACAACUGAGACCACAACAGCAGAGAGCACCACAACUGUGGGUACCACAACAGCAGAAAGUACCACACCUGAGACCACAACUGAUGGUACAACAACAAUAGAAAGCACCACAGCAACAGAGAGUACCACAAGUGAGACUACAACAGCAGAAAGUACAACCACAGCCACAACAACUCCCGAAAGUACAACAACCGAGAGCACCACAACUGUGGGUACCACAACAGCGGAAAGUACCACAAGCGAGAUCACAACAACAGAAAUCACCACCCCUGAAACCACAACUGUAGGUACUACUACAACAGAAAGUACAACCGCAGCCACAACAACUCCAGAAAGUACAACAACAGAGACCACAACAGCAGAGAGCACCACAUCUGUGGGUACCAUAACAGCGGAAAGUACCACAAGCGAGAUCACGACAGCAGAAAGCACCACAACUGUUGGUACCACGACAGCGGAAAGUACCACAAUCGAGAUCACAACAACAGAAAGCACCACCCCUGAAACCACAACAGUAGGUACUUCUACAACAGAAAGUACAACCACAGCCACAACAACACCAGAAAGUACAACAACCGAGACCACAACAGCAGAAAGCACCACAACUGUGGGUAGCACAACAGUGGAAAGUACUACAAGCGAGAUCACAACAGCAGAAAGCACAACAACUGUGGGUACCACAACAGCGGAAAGUACCACAAGCGAGAUCACAACAACAGAAAGCACCACCCCUGAAACCACAACUGUAGGUACUUCUACAACUGAAAGUACAACCACAGCCACAACAACUCCAGAAAGUACAUCAACAGAGACCACAACAGUAGAGAGCACCACAACUGUGGGUACCACAACAGCGGAAAGUACCACAAGCGAGAUCACAACAGCAGAAAGCACCACAACUGUGGGUACCACAACAGCGGAAAGUACCACAAGCGAGAUCACAACAACAGAAAUCACCACCCCUGAAACCACAACUGUAGGUACUACUACAACAGAAAGUACAACCGCAGCCACAACAACUCCAGAAAGUACAACAACAGAGACCACAACAGCAGAGAGCACCACAUCUGUGGGUACCACAACAGCGGAAAGUACCACAAGCGAGAUCACGACAGCAGAAAGCACCACAACUGUUGGUACCACGACAGCGGAAAGUACCACAAUCGAGAUCACAACAACAGAAAGCACCACCCCUGAAACCACAACAGUAGGUACUUCUACAACAGAAAGUACAACCACAGCCACAACAACUCCAGAAAGUACAACAACCGAGACCUCAACAGCAGAAAGCACCACAACUGUGGGUAGCACAACAGUGGAAAGUACUACAAGCGAGAUCACAACAGCAAAAAGCACAACAACUGUGGGUACCACAACAGCGGAAAGUACCACAAGCGAGAUCACAACAACAGAAAGCACCACCCCUGAAACCACAACUGUAGGUACUUCUACAACUGAAAGUACAACCACAGCCACAACAACUCCAGAAAGUACAACAACAGAGACCACAACAGCAGAGAGCACCACAACUGUGGGUACCACAACAGCGGAAAGUACCACAAGCGAGAUCACAACAGCAGAAAGCACCACAACUGUGGGUACCACAACAGCGGAAAGUACCACAAGCGAGAUCACAACAACAGAAAGCACGACCCCUGAGACCACAACUGUAGGUACUACUACAACAGAAAGUACAACCACAGCCACAACAACUCCAGAAAGUACAACAACUGAGCCAACAACAGCAGAGAGCACCACAACUGUGGGUACCACAACAGCAGAAAGUACCACACCUGAGACCACAACUGAUGGUACAACAACAAUAGAAAGCACCACAGCAACAGAGAGUACCACAAGUGAGACUACAACAGCAGAAAGUACAACCACAGCCACAACAACUCCCGAAAGUACAACAACCGAGAGCACCACAACUGUGGGUACCACAACAGCGGAAAGUACCACAGGCGAGAUCACAACAACAGAAAUCACCACCCCUGAAACCACAACUGUAGGUACUACCACAACAGAAAGUACAACCGCAGCCACAACAACUCCAGAAAGUACAACAACAGAGACCACAACAGCAGAGAGCACCACAUCUGUGGGUACCACAACAGCGGAAAGUACCACAAGCGAGAUCACGACAGCAGAAAGCACCACAACUGUUGGUAUCACGACAGCGGAAAGUACCACAAUCGAGAUCACAACAACAGAAAACACCACCCCUGAAACCACAACAGUAGGUACUUCUACAACAGAAAGUACAACCAAAGCCACAACAACUCCAGAAAGUACAACAACCGAGACCACAACAGCAGAAAGCACCACAACUGUGGGUAGCACAACAGUGGAAAGUACUACAAGCGAGAUCACAACAGCAGAAAGCACAACAACUGUGGGUACCACAACAGCGGAAAGUACCACAAGCGAGAUCACAACAACAGAAAGCACCACCCCUGAAACCACAACUGUAGGUACUUCUACAACUGAAAGUACAACCACAGCCACAACAACUCCAGAAAGUACAACAACAGAGACCACAACAGCAGAGAGCACCACAACUGUGGGUACCACAACAGCGGAAAGUACCACAAGCGAGAUCACAACAGCAGAAAGCACCACAACUGUGGGUACCACAACAGCGGAAAGUACCACAAGCGAGAUCACAACAACAGAAAUCACCACCCCUGAAACCACAACUGUAGGUACUACUACAACAGAAAGUACAACCGCAGCCACAACAACUCCAGAAAGUACAACAACAGAGACCACAACAGCAGAGAGCACCACAUCUGUGGGUACCACAACAGCGGAAAGUACCACAAGCGAGAUCACGACAGCAGAAAGCACCACAACUGUUGGUACCACGACAGCGGAAAGUACCACAAUCGAGAUCACAACAACAGAAAGCACCACCCCUGAAACCACAACAGUAGGUACUUCUACAACAGAAAGUACAACCACAGCCACAACAACUCCAGAAAGUACAACAACCGAGACCACAACAGCAGAAAGCACCACAACUGUGGGUAGCACAACAGUGGAAAGUACUACAAGCAAGAUCACAACAGCAGAAAGCACAACAACUGUGGGUACCACAACAGCGGAAAGUACCACAAGCGAGAUCACAACAACAGAAAGCACUACCCCUGAAACCACAACUGUAGGUACUUCUACAACAGAAAGUACAACCACAGCCACAACAACUCCAGAAAGUACAACAACAGAGACCACAACAGCAGAGAGCACCACAACUGUGGGUACCACAACAGCGGAAAGUACCACAAGCGAGAUCACAACAGCAGAAAGCACCACAACUGUGGGUACCACAACAGCGGAAAGUACCACAAGCGAGAUCACAACAACAGAAAGCACGACCCCUGAGACCACAACUGUAGGUACUACUACAACAGAAAGUACAACCACAGCCACAACAACUCCAGAAAGUACAACAACUGAGCCAACAACAGCAGAGAGCACCACAACUGUGGGUACCACAACAGCAGAAAGUACCACACCUGAGACCACAACUGAUGGUACAACAACAAUAGAAAGCACCACAGCAACAGAGAGUACCACAAGUGAGACUACAACAGCAGAAAGUACAACCACAGCCACAACAACUCCCGAAAGUACAACAACCGAGAGCACCACAACUGUGGGUACCACAACAGCGGAAAGUACCACAGGCGAGAUCACAACAACAGAAAUCACCACCCAUGAAACCACAACUGUAGGUACUACUACAACAGAAAGUACAACCGCAGCCACAACAACUCCAGAAAGUACAACAACAGAGACCACAACAUUAGAGAGCACCACAUCUGUGGGUACCACAACAGCGGAAAGUACCACAAGCGAGAUCACGACAGCAGAAAGCACCACAACUGUUGGUACCACGACAGCGGAAAGUACCACAAUCGAGAUCACAACAACAGAAAGCACCACCCCUGAAACCACAACAGUAGGUACUUCUACAACAGAAAGUACAACCACAGCCACAACAACUCCAGAAAGUACAACAACCGAGACCACAACAGCAGAAAGCACCACAACUGUGGGUAGCACAACAGUGGAAAGUACUACAAGCGAGAUCACAACAGCAGAAAGCACAACAACUGUGGGUACCACAACAGCGGAAAGUACCACAAGCGAGAUCACAACAACAGAAAACACCACCCCUGAAACCACAACUGUAGGUACUUCUACAACUGAAAGUACAACCACAGCCACAACAACUCCAGAAAGUACAACAACAGAGACCACAACAGCAGAGAGCACCACAACUGUGGGUACCACAACAGCGGAAAGUACCACAAGCGAGAUCACAACAGCAGAAAGCACCACAACUGUGGGUACCACAACAGCGGAAAGUACCACAAGCGAGAUCACAACAACAGAAAUCACCACCCCUGAAACCACAACUGUAGGUACUACUACAACAGAAAGUACAACCGCAGCCACAACAACUCCAGAAAGUACAACAACAGAGACCACAACAGCAGAGAGCACCACAUCUGUGGGUACCACAACAGCGGAAAGUACCACAAGCGAGAUCACGACAGCAGAAAGCACCACAACUGUUGGUACCACGACAGCGGAAAGUACCACAAUCGAGAUCACAACAACAGAAAGCACCACCCCUGAAACCACAACAGUGGGUACUUCUACAACAGAAAGUACAACCACAGCCACAACAACUCCAGAAAGUACAACAACCGAGACCACAACAGCAGAAAGCACCACAACUGUAGGUAGCACAACAGUGGAAAGUACUACAAGCGAGAUCACAACAGCAGAAAGCACAACAACUGUGGGUACCACAAGAGCGGAAAGUACCACAAGCGAGAUCACAACAACAGAAAGCACGACCCCUGAGACCACAACUGUAGGUACUUCUACAACUGAAAGUACAACCACAGCCACAACAACUCCCGAAAGUACAACAACCGAGAGCACCACAACUGUGGGUACCACAACAGCGGAAAGUACCACAGGCGAGAUCACAACAACAGAAAUCACCACCCCUGAAACCACAACUGUAGGUACUACCACAACAGAAAGUACAACCGCAGCCACAACAACUCCAGAAAGUACAACAACAGAGACCACAACAGCAGAGAGCACCACAUCUGUGGGUACCACAACAGCGGAAAGUACCACAAGCGAGAUCACGACAGCAGAAAGCACCACAACUGUUGGUAUCACGACAGCGGAAAGUACCACAAUCGAGAUCACAACAACAGAAAGCACCACCCCUGAAACCACAACAGUAGGUACUUCUACAACAGAAAGUACAACCAAAGCCACAACAACUCCAGAAAGUACAACAACCGAGACCACAACAGCAGAAAGCACCACAACUGUGGGUAGCACAACAGUGGAAAGUACUACAAGCGAGAUCACAACAGCAGAAAGCACAACAACUGUGGGUACCACAACAGCGGAAAGUACCACAAGCGAGAUCACAACAACAGAAAGCACCACCCCUGAAACCACAACUGUAGGUACUUCUACAACUGAAAGUACAACCACAGCCACAACAACUCCAGAAAGUACAACAACAGAGACCACAACAGCAGAGAGCACCACAACUGUGGGUACCACAACAGCGGAAAGUACCACAAGCGAGAUCACAACAGCAGAAAGCACCACAACUGUGGGUACCACAACAGCGGAAAGUACCACAAGCGAGAUUACGACAACAGAAAGCACCACAACUCUGGGUACCACAACAGCGGAAAGUACCACAAGCGAGAUCACGACAACAGAAAGCACGACCCCUGAGACCACAACUGUAGGUACUACUACAACAGAAAGUACAACCACAGCCACAACAACUCCAGAAAGUACAACCACUGAGACCACAACAGCAGAGAGCACCACAACUGUGGGUACCACAACAGAGGAAAGUACCACAAGCGAGAUCACAACAUUAGAAAGAACCACAACUGUGGGUACCACAACAGUGGAAAGUACCACAAGCGAGAUCACAACAACAGAAAGCACCACCCCUGAGACCACAACUGUAGAUGCUACUACAACAGAAAGUACAACCACAGCCACAACAACUCCAGAAAGCUCAACAACUGAGACCACAACAGCAGAGAGCACCACAACUGUGGGUACCACAACAGCAGAAAGUACCACACCUGAGACCACAACUGAUGGUACAACAACAAUAGAAAGCACCACAGCAACAGAGAGUACCACAAGUGAGACUACAACAGCAGAAAGUACAACCACAGCCACAACAACUCCCGAAAGUACAACAACCGAGAGCACCACAACUGUGGGUACCACAACAGCGGAAAGUACCACAAGCGAGAUCACAACAACAGAAAUCACCACCCCUGAAACCACAACUGUAGGUACUACUACAACAGAAAGUACAACCGCAGCCACAACAACUCCAGAAAGUACAACAACAGAGACCACAACAGCAGAGAGCACCACAUCUGUGGGUACCAUAACAGCGGAAAGUACCACAAGCGAGAUCACGACAGCAGAAAGCACCACAACUGUUGGUACCACGACAGCGGAAAGUACCACAAUCGAGAUCACAACAACAGAAAGCACCACCCCUGAAACCACAACAGUAGGUACUUCUACAACAGAAAGUACAACCACAGCCACAACAACACCAGAAAGUACAACAACCGAGACCACAACAGCAGAAAGCACCACAACUGUGGGUAGCACAACAGUGGAAAGUACUACAAGCGAGAUCACAACAGCAGAAAGCACAACAACUGUGGGUACCACAACAGCGGAAAGUACCACAAGCGAGAUCACAACAACAGAAAGCACCACCCCUGAAACCACAACUGUAGGUACUUCUACAACUGAAAGUACAACCACAGCCACAACAACUCCAGAAAGUACAACAACAGAGACCACAACAGUAGAGAGCACCACAACUGUGGGUACCACAACAGCGGAAAGUACCACAAGCGAGAUCACAACAGCAGAAAGCACCACAACUGUGGGUACCACAACAGCGGAAAGUACCACAAGCGAGAUCACAACAACAGAAAUCACCACCCCUGAAACCACAACUGUAGGUACUACUACAACAGAAAGUACAACCGCAGCCACAACAACUCCAGAAAGUACAACAACAGAGACCACAACAGCAGAGAGCACCACAUCUGUGGGUACCACAACAGCGGAAAGUACCACAAGCGAGAUAACGACAGCAGAAAGCACCACAACUGUUGGUACCACGACAGCGGAAAGUACCACAAUCGAGAUCACAACAACAGAAAGCACCACCCCUGAAACCACAACAGUAGGUACUUCUACAACAGAAAGUACAACCACAGCCACAACAACUCCAGAAAGUACAACAACCGAGACCACAACAGCAGAAAGCACCACAACUGUGGGUAGCACAACAGUGGAAAGUACUACAAGCAAGAUCACAACAGCAGAAAGCACAACAACUGUGGGUACCACAACAGCGGAAAGUACCACAAGCGAGAUCACAACAACAGAAAGCACUACCCCUGAAACCACAACUGUAGGUACUUCUACAACAGAAAGUACAACCACAGCCACAACAACUCCAGAAAGUACAACAACCGAGACCACAACAGCAGAAAGCACCACAACUGUAGGUAGCACAACAGUGGAAAGUACUACAAGCGAGAUCACAACAGCAGAAAGCACAACAACUGUGGGUACCACAAGAGCGGAAAGUACCACAAGCGAGAUCACAACAACAGAAAGCACGACCCCUGAGACCACAACUGUAGGUACUUCUACAACUGAAAGUACAACCACAGCCACAACAACUCCCGAAAGUACAACAACCGAGAGCACCACAACUGUGGGUACCACAACAGCGGAAAGUACCACAGGCGAGAUCACAACAACAGAAAUCACCACCCCUGAAACCACAACUGUAGGUACUACCACAACAGAAAGUACAACCGCAGCCACAACAACUCCAGAAAGUACAACAACAGAGACCACAACAGCAGAGAGCACCACAUCUGUGGGUACCACAACAGCGGAAAGUACCACAAGCGAGAUCACGACAGCAGAAAGCACCACAACUGUUGGUAUCACGACAGCGGAAAGUACCACAAUCGAGAUCACAACAACAGAAAGCACCACCCCUGAAACCACAACAGUAGGUACUUCUACAACAGAAAGUACAACCAAAGCCACAACAACUCCAGAAAGUACAACAACCGAGACCACAACAGCAGAAAGCACCACAACUGUGGGUAGCACAACAGUGGAAAGUACUACAAGCGAGAUCACAACAGCAGAAAGCACAACAACUGUGGGUACCACAACAGCGGAAAGUACCACAAGCGAGAUCACAACAACAGAAAGCACCACCCCUGAAACCACAACUGUAGGUACUUCUACAACUGAAAGUACAACCACAGCCACAACAACUCCAGAAAGUACAACAACAGAGACCACAACAGCAGAGAGCACCACAACUGUGGGUACCACAACAGCGGAAAGUACCACAAGCGAGAUCACAACAGCAGAAAGCACCACAACUGUGGGUACCACAACAGCGGAAAGUACCACAAGCGAGAUUACGACAACAGAAAGCACCACAACUCUGGGUACCACAACAGCGGAAAGUACCACAAGCGAGAUCACGACAACAGAAAGCACGACCCCUGAGACCACAACUGUAGGUACUACUACAACAGAAAGUACAACCACAGCCACAACAACUCCAGAAAGUACAACCACUGAGACCACAACAGCAGAGAGCACCACAACUGUGGGUACCACAACAGAGGAAAGUACCACAAGCGAGAUCACAACAUUAGAAAGAACCACAACUGUGGGUACCACAACAGUGGAAAGUACCACAAGCGAGAUCACAACAACAGAAAGCACCACCCCUGAGACCACAACUGUAGAUGCUACUACAACAGAAAGUACAACCACAGCCACAACAACUCCAGAAAGCUCAACAACUGAGACCACAACAGCAGAGAGCACCACAACUGUGGGUACCACAACAGCAGAAAGUACCACACCUGAGACCACAACUGAUGGUACAACAACAAUAGAAAGCACCACAGCAACAGAGAGUACCACAAGUGAGACUACAACAGCAGAAAGUACAACCACAGCCACAACAACUCCCGAAAGUACAACAACCGAGAGCACCACAACUGUGGGUACCACAACAGCGGAAAGUACCACAAGCGAGAUCACAACAACAGAAAUCACCACCCCUGAAACCACAACUGUAGGUACUACUACAACAGAAAGUACAACCGCAGCCACAACAACUCCAGAAAGUACAACAACAGAGACCACAACAGCAGAGAGCACCACAUCUGUGGGUACCAUAACAGCGGAAAGUACCACAAGCGAGAUCACGACAGCAGAAAGCACCACAACUGUUGGUACCACGACAGCGGAAAGUACCACAAUCGAGAUCACAACAACAGAAAGCACCACCCCUGAAACCACAACAGUAGGUACUUCUACAACAGAAAGUACAACCACAGCCACAACAACACCAGAAAGUACAACAACCGAGACCACAACAGCAGAAAGCACCACAACUGUGGGUAGCACAACAGUGGAAAGUACUACAAGCGAGAUCACAACAGCAGAAAGCACAACAACUGUGGGUACCACAACAGCGGAAAGUACCACAAGCGAGAUCACAACAACAGAAAGCACCACCCCUGAAACCACAACUGUAGGUACUUCUACAACUGAAAGUACAACCACAGCCACAACAACUCCAGAAAGUACAACAACAGAGACCACAACAGUAGAGAGCACCACAACUGUGGGUACCACAACAGCGGAAAGUACCACAAGCGAGAUCACAACAGCAGAAAGCACCACAACUGUGGGUACCACAACAGCGGAAAGUACCACAAGCGAGAUCACAACAACAGAAAUCACCACCCCUGAAACCACAACUGUAGGUACUACUACAACAGAAAGUACAACCGCAGCCACAACAACUCCAGAAAGUACAACAACAGAGACCACAACAGCAGAGAGCACCACAUCUGUGGGUACCACAACAGCGGAAAGUACCACAAGCGAGAUAACGACAGCAGAAAGCACCACAACUGUUGGUACCACGACAGCGGAAAGUACCACAAUCGAGAUCACAACAACAGAAAGCACCACCCCUGAAACCACAACAGUAGGUACUUCUACAACAGAAAGUACAACCACAGCCACAACAACUCCAGAAAGUACAACAACCGAGACCUCAACAGCAGAAAGCACCACAACUGUGGGUAGCACAACAGUGGAAAGUACUACAAGCGAGAUCACAACAGCAAAAAGCACAACAACUGUGGGUACCACAACAGCGGAAAGUACCACAAGCGAGAUCACAACAACAGAAAGCACCACCCCUGAAACCACAACUGUAGGUACUUCUACAACUGAAAGUACAACCACAGCCACAACAACUCCAGAAAGUACAACAACAGAGACCACAACAGCAGAGAGCACCACAACUGUGGGUACCACAACAGCGGAAAGUACCACAAGCGAGAUCACAACAGCAGAAAGCACCACAACUGUGGGUACCACAACAGCGGAAAGUACCACAAGCGAGAUCACAACAACAGAAAGCACGACCCCUGAGACCACAACUGUAGGUACUACUACAACAGAAAGUACAACCACAGCCACAACAACUCCAGAAAGUACAACAACUGAGCCAACAACAGCAGAGAGCACCACAACUGUGGGUACCACAACAGCAGAAAGUACCACACCUGAGACCACAACUGAUGGUACAACAACAAUAGAAAGCACCACAGCAACAGAGAGUACCACAAGUGAGACUACAACAGCAGAAAGUACAACCACAGCCACAACAACUCCCGAAAGUACAACAACCGAGAGCACCACAACUGUGGGUACCACAACAGCGGAAAGUACCACAGGCGAGAUCACAACAACAGAAAUCACCACCCCUGAAACCACAACUGUAGGUACUACCACAACAGAAAGUACAACCGCAGCCACAACAACUCCAGAAAGUACAACAACAGAGACCACAACAGCAGAGAGCACCACAUCUGUGGGUACCACAACAGCGGAAAGUACCACAAGCGAGAUCACGACAGCAGAAAGCACCACAACUGUUGGUAUCACGACAGCGGAAAGUACCACAAUCGAGAUCACAACAACAGAAAACACCACCCCUGAAACCACAACAGUAGGUACUUCUACAACAGAAAGUACAACCAAAGCCACAACAACUCCAGAAAGUACAACAACCGAGACCACAACAGCAGAAAGCACCACAACUGUGGGUAGCACAACAGUGGAAAGUACUACAAGCGAGAUCACAACAGCAGAAAGCACAACAACUGUGGGUACCACAACAGCGGAAAGUACCACAAGCGAGAUCACAACAACAGAAAGCACCACCCCUGAAACCACAACUGUAGGUACUUCUACAACUGAAAGUACAACCACAGCCACAACAACUCCAGAAAGUACAACAACAGAGACCACAACAGCAGAGAGCACCACAACUGUGGGUACCACAACAGCGGAAAGUACCACAAGCGAGAUCACAACAGCAGAAAGCACCACAACUGUGGGUACCACAACAGCGGAAAGUACCACAAGCGAGAUCACAACAACAGAAAUCACCACCCCUGAAACCACAACUGUAGGUACUACUACAACAGAAAGUACAACCGCAGCCACAACAACUCCAGAAAGUACAACAACAGAGACCACAACAGCAGAGAGCACCACAUCUGUGGGUACCACAACAGCGGAAAGUACCACAAGCGAGAUCACGACAGCAGAAAGCACCACAACUGUUGGUACCACGACAGCGGAAAGUACCACAAUCGAGAUCACAACAACAGAAAGCACCACCCCUGAAACCACAACAGUAGGUACUUCUACAACAGAAAGUACAACCACAGCCACAACAACUCCAGAAAGUACAACAACCGAGACCACAACAGCAGAAAGCACCACAACUGUGGGUAGCACAACAGUGGAAAGUACUACAAGCAAGAUCACAACAGCAGAAAGCACAACAACUGUGGGUACCACAACAGCGGAAAGUACCACAAGCGAGAUCACAACAACAGAAAGCACUACCCCUGAAACCACAACUGUAGGUACUUCUACAACAGAAAGUACAACCACAGCCACAACAACUCCAGAAAGUACAACAACAGAGACCACAACAGCAGAGAGCACCACAACUGUGGGUACCACAACAGCGGAAAGUACCACAAGCGAGAUCACAACAGCAGAAAGCACCACAACUGUGGGUACCACAACAGCGGAAAGUACCACAAGCGAGAUCACAACAACAGAAAGCACGACCCCUGAGACCACAACUGUAGGUACUACUACAACAGAAAGUACAACCACAGCCACAACAACUCCAGAAAGUACAACAACUGAGCCAACAACAGCAGAGAGCACCACAACUGUGGGUACCACAACAGCAGAAAGUACCACACCUGAGACCACAACUGAUGGUACAACAACAAUAGAAAGCACCACAGCAACAGAGAGUACCACAAGUACUACUACAACAGAAAGUACAACCGCAGCCACAACAACUCCAGAAAGUACAACAACAGAGACCACAACAUUAGAGAGCACCACAUCUGUGGGUACCACAACAGCGGAAAGUACCACAAGCGAGAUCACGACAGCAGAAAGCACCACAACUGUUGGUACCACGACAGCGGAAAGUACCACAAUCGAGAUCACAACAACAGAAAGCACCACCCCUGAAACCACAACAGUAGGUACUUCUACAACAGAAAGUACAACCACAGCCACAACAACUCCAGAAAGUACAACAACCGAGACCACAACAGCAGAAAGCACCACAACUGUGGGUAGCACAACAGUGGAAAGUACUACAAGCGAGAUCACAACAGCAGAAAGCACAACAACUGUGGGUACCACAACAGCGGAAAGUACCACAAGCGAGAUCACAACAACAGAAAACACCACCCCUGAAACCACAACUGUAGGUACUUCUACAACUGAAAGUACAACCACAGCCACAACAACUCCAGAAAGUACAACAACAGAGACCACAACAGCAGAGAGCACCACAACUGUGGGUACCACAACAGCGGAAAGUACCACAAGCGAGAUCACAACAGCAGAAAGCACCACAACUGUGGGUACCACAACAGCGGAAAGUACCACAAGCGAGAUCACAACAACAGAAAUCACCACCCCUGAAACCACAACUGUAGGUACUACUACAACAGAAAGUACAACCGCAGCCACAACAACUCCAGAAAGUACAACAACAGAGACCACAACAGCAGAGAGCACCACAUCUGUGGGUACCACAACAGCGGAAAGUACCACAAGCGAGAUCACGACAGCAGAAAGCACCACAACUGUUGGUACCACGACAGCGGAAAGUACCACAAUCGAGAUCACAACAACAGAAAGCACCACCCCUGAAACCACAACAGUGGGUACUUCUACAACAGAAAGUACAACCACAGCCACAACAACUCCAGAAAGUACAACAACCGAGACCACAACAGCAGAAAGCACCACAACUGUAGGUAGCACAACAGUGGAAAGUACUACAAGCGAGAUCACAACAGCAGAAAGCACAACAACUGUGGGUACCACAAGAGCGGAAAGUACCACAAGCGAGAUCACAACAACAGAAAGCACGACCCCUGAGACCACAACUGUAGGUACUUCUACAACUGAAAGUACAACCACAGCCACAACAACUCCCGAAAGUACAACAACCGAGAGCACCACAACUGUGGGUACCACAACAGCGGAAAGUACCACAGGCGAGAUCACAACAACAGAAAUCACCACCCCUGAAACCACAACUGUAGGUACUACCACAACAGAAAGUACAACCGCAGCCACAACAACUCCAGAAAGUACAACAACAGAGACCACAACAGCAGAGAGCACCACAUCUGUGGGUACCACAACAGCGGAAAGUACCACAAGCGAGAUCACGACAGCAGAAAGCACCACAACUGUUGGUAUCACGACAGCGGAAAGUACCACAAUCGAGAUCACAACAACAGAAAGCACCACCCCUGAAACCACAACAGUAGGUACUUCUACAACAGAAAGUACAACCAAAGCCACAACAACUCCAGAAAGUACAACAACCGAGACCACAACAGCAGAAAGCACCACAACUGUGGGUAGCACAACAGUGGAAAGUACUACAAGCGAGAUCACAACAGCAGAAAGCACAACAACUGUGGGUACCACAACAGCGGAAAGUACCACAAGCGAGAUCACAACAACAGAAAGCACCACCCCUGAAACCACAACUGUAGGUACUUCUACAACUGAAAGUACAACCACAGCCACAACAACUCCAGAAAGUACAACAACAGAGACCACAACAGCAGAGAGCACCACAACUGUGGGUACCACAACAGCGGAAAGUACCACAAGCGAGAUCACAACAGCAGAAAGCACCACAACUGUGGGUACCACAACAGCGGAAAGUACCACAAGCGAGAUCACAACAACAGAAAGCACCACCCCUGAAACCAAAACUGUAAGUACUUCUACAACUGAAAGUACAACCACAGCCACAACAACUCCAGAAAGUACAACAACAGAGACCACAACAGCAGAGAGCACCACAACUGUGGGUACCACAACAGCGGAAAGUACCACAAGCGAGAUCACAACAGCAGAAAGCACCACAACUGUGGGUACCACAACAGCGGAAAGUACCACAAGCGAGAUCACAACAACAGAAAGCACGACCCCUGAGACCACAACUGUAGGUACUACUACAACAGAAAGUACAACCACAGCCACAACAACUCCAGAAAGUACAACAACUGAGCCAACAACAGCAGAGAGCACCACAACUGUGGGUACCACAACAGCAGAAAGUACCACACCUGAGACCACAACUGAUGGUACAACAGCAAUAGAAAGCACCACAGCAACAGAGAGUACCACAAGUGAGACUACAACAGCAGAAAGUACAACCACAGCCACAACAACUCCCGAAAGUACAACAACCGAGAGCACCACAACUGUGGGUACCACAACAGCGGAAAGUACCACAGGCGAGAUCACAACAACAGAAAUCACCACCCAUGAAACCACAACUGUAGGUACUACUACAACAGAAAGUACAACCGCAGCCACAACAACUCCAGAAAGUACAACAACAGAGACCACAACAGCAGAGAGCACCACAUCUGUGGGUACCACAACAGCGGAAAGUACCACAAGCGAGAUCACGACAGCAGAAAGCACCACAACUGUUGGUACCACGACAGCGGAAAGUACCACAAUCGAGAUCACAACAACAGAAAGCACCACCCCUGAAACCACAACAGUAGGUACUUCUACAACAGAAAGUACAACCACAGCCACAACAACUCCAGAAAGUACAACAACCGAGACCACAACAGCAGAAAGCACCACAACUGUAGGUAGCACAACAGUGGAAAGUACUACAAGCGAGAUCACAACAGCAGAAAGCACAACAACUGUGGGUACCACAACAGCGGAAAGUACCACAAGCGAGAUCACAACAACAGAAAGCACCACCCCUGAAACCACAACUGUAGGUACUUCUACAACUGAAAGUACAACCACAGCCACAACAACUCCAGAAAGUACAACCACAGCCACAACAACUCCAGAAAGUACAACAACAGAGACCACAACAGCAGAGAGCACCACAACUGUGGGUACCACAACAGCGGAAAGUACCACAAGCGAGAUCACAACAGCAGAAAGCACCACAACUGUGGGUACCACAACAGCGGAAAGUACCACAAGCGAGAUCACAACAACAGAAAGCACGACCCCUGAGACCACAACUGUAGGUACUACUACAACAGAAAGUACAACCACAGCCACAACAACUCCAGAAAGUACAACAACUGAGCCAACAACAGCAGAGAGCACCACAACUGUGGGUACCACAACAGCAGAAAGUACCACACCUGAGACCACAACUGAUGGUACAACAACAAUAGAAAGCACCACAGCAACAGAGAGUACCACAAGUGAGACUACAACAGCAGAAAGUACAACCACAGCCACAACAACUCCCGAAAGUACAACAACCGAGAGCACCACAACUGUGGGUACCACAACAGCGGAAAGUACCACAGGCGAGAUCACAAUAACAGAAAUCACCACCCCUGAAACCACAACUGUAGGUACUACUACAACAGAAAGUACAACCGCAGCCACACCAACUCCAGAAAGUACAACAACAGAGACCACAACAGCAGAGAGCACCACAUCUGUGGUUACCACAACAGCGGAAAGUACCACAAGCGAGAUCACGACAGCAGAAAGCACCACAACUGUUGGUACCACGACAGCGGAAAGUACCACAAUCGAGAUCACAACAACAGAAAGCACCACCCCUGAAACCACAACAGUAGGUACUUCUACAACAGAAAGUACAACCACAGCCACAACAACUCCAGAAAGUACAACAACCGAGACCACAACAGCAGAGAGCACCACAACUGUGGGUAGCACAACAGUGGAAAGUACUACAAGCGAGAUCACAACAGCAGAAAGCACAACAACUGUGGGUACCACAACAGCGGAAAGUACCACAAGCGAGAUCACAACAACAGAAAGCACCACCCCUGAAACCACAACUGUAGGUACUUCUACAACUGAAAGUACAACCAUAGCCACAACAACUCCAGAAAGUACAACAACAGAGACCACAACAGCAGAGAGCACCACAACUGUGGGUACCACAACAGCGGAAAGUACAACAAGCGAGAUCACAACAGCAGAAAGCACCACAACUGUGGGUACCACAACAGCGGAAAGUCCCACAAGCGAGAUCACAACAACAGAAAUCACCACCCCUGAAACCACAACUGUAGGUACUACUACAACAGAAAGUACAACCGCAGCCACAACAACUCCAGAAAGUACAACAACAGAGACCACAACAGCAGAGAGCACCACAUCUGUGGGUACCACAACAGCGGAAAGUACCACAAGCGAGAUCACGACAGCAGAAAGCACCACAACUGUUGGUACCACGACAGCGGAAAGUACCACAAUCGAGAUCACAACAACAGAAAGCACCACCCCUGAAACCACAACAGUAGGUACUUCUACAACAGAAAGUACAACCACAGCCACAACAACUCCAGAAAGUACAACAACCGAGACCACAACAGCAGAAAGCACCACAACUGUGGGUACCACAACAGCGGAAAGUACCACAAGCGAGAUCACAACAACAGAAAGCACCACCCCUGAAACCACAACUGUAGGUACUUCUACAACUGAAAGUACAACCACAGCCACAACAACUCCAGAAAGUACAACAACAGAGACCACAACAGCAGAGAGCACCACAACUGUGGGUACCACAACAGCGGAAAGUACCACAAGCGAGAUCACAACAGCAGAAAGCACCACAACUGUGGGUACCACAACAGCGGAAAGUACCACAAGCGAGAUCACAACAACAGAAAUCACCACCCCUGAAACCACAACUGUAGGUACUACUACAACAGAAAGUACAACCGCAGCCACAACAACUCCAGAAAGUACAACAACAGAGACCACAACAGCAGAGAGCACCACAUCUGUGGGUACCACAACAGCGGAAAGUACCACAAGCGAGAUCACGACAGCAGAAAGCACCACAACUGUUGGUACCACGACAGCGGAAAGUACCACAAUCGAGAUCACAACAACAGAAAGCACCACCCCUGAAACCACAACAGUAGGUACUUCUACAACAGAAAGUACAACCACAGCCACAACAACUCCAGAAAGUACAACAACCGAGACCACAACAGCAGAAAGCACCACAACUGUGGGUAGCACAACAGUGGAAAGUACUACAAGCGAGAUCACAACAGCAGAAAGCACAACAACUGUGGGUACCACAACAGCGGAAAGUACCACAAGCGAGAUCACAACAACAGAAAGCACCACCCCUGAAACCACAACUGUAGGUACUUCUACAACUGAAAGUACAACCACAGCCACAACAACUCCAGAAAGUACAACAACAGAGACCACAACAGCAGAGAGCACCACAACUGUGGGUACCACAACAGCGGAAAGUACCACAAGCGAGAUCACAACAGCAGAAAGCACCACAACUGUGGGUACCACAACAGCGGAAAGUACAACAAGCGAGAUCACAACAACAGAAAGCACGACCCCUGAGACCACAACUGUAGGUACUACUACAACAGAAAGUACAACCACAGCCACAACAACUCCAGAAAGUACAACAACUGAGCCAACAACAGCAGAGAGCACCACAACUGUGGGUACCACAACAGCAGAAAGUACCACACCUGAGACCACAACUGAUGGUACAACAACAAUAGAAAGCACCACAGCAACAGAGAGUACCACAAGUGAGACUACAACAGCAGAAAGUACAACCACAGCCACAACAACUCCCGAAAGUACAACAACCGAGAGCACCACAACUGUGGGUACCACAACAGCGGAAAGUACCACAGGCGAGAUCACAAUAACAGAAAUCACCACCCCUGAAACCACAACUGUAGGUACUACUACAACAGAAAGUACAACCGCAGCCACAACAACUCCAGAAAGUACAACAACAGAGACCACAACAGCAGAGAGCACCACAUCUGUGGGUACCACAACAGCGGAAAGUACCACAAGCGAGAUCACGACAGCAGAAAGCACCACAACUGUUGGUACCACGACAGCGGAAAGUACCACAAUCGAGAUCACAACAACAGAAAGCACCACCCCUGAAACCACAACAGUAGGUACUUCUACAACAGAAAGUACAACCACAGCCACAACAACUCCAGAAAGUACAACAACCGAGACCACAACAGCAGAGAGCACCACAACUGUGGGUAGCACAACAGUGGAAAGUACUACAAGCGAGAUCACAACAGCAGAAAGCACAACAACUGUGGGUACCACAACAGCGGAAAGUACCACAAGCGAGAUCACAACAACAGAAAGCACCACCCCUGAAACCACAACUGUAGGUACUUCUACAACUGAAAGUACAACCAUAGCCACAACAACUCCAGAAAGUACAACAACAGAGACCACAACAGCAGAGAGCACCACAACUGUGGGUACCACAACAGCGGAAAGUACCACAAGCGAGAUCACAACAGCAGAAAGCACCACAACUGUGGGUACCACAACAGCGGAAAGUACCACAAGCGAGAUCACAACAACAGAAAUCACCACCCCUGAAACCACAACUGUAGGUACUACUACAACAGAAAGUACAACCGCAGCCACAACAACUCCAGAAAGUACAACAACAGAGACCACAACAGCAGAGAGCACCACAUCUGUGGGUACCACAACAGCGGAAAGUACCACAAGCGAGAUCACGACAGCAGAAAGCACCACAACUGUUGGUACCACGACAGCGGAAAGUACCACAAUCGAGAUCACAACAACAGAAAGCACAACAACUGUGGGUACUACUACAACAGAAAGUACAACCACAGCCACAACAACUCCAGGAAGUACAACAACUGAGACCACAACAGCUGAGAGCACCACAACUGUGGGUACCACAACAGCAGAAAGUACCACACCUGAGACCACAACUGAUGGUACUACAACAACAGAAAGCACCACAGCAACAGAAAGUACCACAAGUGAGACUACAACAGCAGAAAGUACAACCACAGCCACAACAACUCCCGAAAGUACAACAACUGAGACCACAACAGCAGAGAGCACCACAACUGUGGGUACCACAACAGGGGAAAGUACCACAAGCGAGAUCACAACAACAGAAAGCACCACCCCCGAAACCACAACAGUAGGUACUUCUACAACAGAAAGUACAACCACAGCCACAACAACUCCAGAAAGUACAACAACCGAGACCACAACAGCAGAUAGCACCACAACUGUGGGUACCACAACAGCGGAAAGUACAACAAGCGAGAUCACAACAGCUGAAAGUACCACAACUGUGGGUACCACAACAGCGGAAAGUACCACAAGCGAGAUCACAACAACAGAAAGCACCACCCCAGAAACCACAACAGUAGGUACUUCUACAACAGAAAGUACAACCACAUCCACAACAACUCCAGAAAGUACAACAACCGAGACCACAACAGCAGAAAGCACCACAAGCGAGAUCACAACAGCAGAAAGUACCACAACUGUGGGUACCACAACAGCGGAAAGUACCACAAGCGAGAUCACAACAACAGAAAUCACCACCCCUGAAACCACAACUGUAGGUACUACUACAACAGAAAGUACAACCGCAGCCACAACAACUCCAGAAAGUACAACAACAGAGACCACAACAGCAGAGAGCACCACAACUGUGGGUACCACAACAGCAGAAAGCACCACAACUCUGGGUACCACAACAGCGGAAAGUACAACAAGCGAGAUCACAACAGCAGAAAGCACCACCCCUGAGACCACAACUGUAGGUACUACUACAAAAGAAAGUACAACCCCAGCCACAACAACUCCAGAAAGUACAACAGCCGAGACCACAACCGUAGAAAGCAUCACAACUUUGGCCACUACAACAACAGAAAUAACGGCCACAGGCACAACAACAACAGAAAGCACCACAGCAACAGAAAGCACCACAAAUGAGACCACAACACUGGGCACCACAACACAAAGUACGACAACAGACAAAGCAACCCCAGAUGGUGAUAUUCAUAGCCAGCAGUUUCUCUGCAUCAAUGUUCCAAGACCUUUCCGAAAAUGUAAAUGCGGCUUGACUGACGAGAACAUUCCCACUGAUCGUGACUCCACCAGGAACGUCCACCUCUCUGAUAAAUUCUCCUCGGCUCUGUUGAAGUUCAUUCAUACGGCUGACAUUAAGAAAGAAACUUUCCAUGGGCUGGAAAUCAGUCAGUGUCUCCUCAGUGAGUUCCUGCAAAACUGA